AUGGCAGAGGGGACUCAGGACAAGUACUAUCUAAUAGACUCUACAAAGACCUACCAACCGUCCAAACCCACACCAUUACAAAAUCUCCUUCAUUUAUACAACUUGGAACCAGUAGCGGAGCUGCUAUCCCGAACCAAUCCCGAUGGGUCAAAGAACGUCAAGCUUAGGAAGUCUUACAAGGCGCAUAUACUGGAUCUACCAGGCAAGCAUCAGAUACCUGAACCUAAAUCGAUACCCAUUGGACUAAUGGAUCCGCUGAUUGCGCAACAUCCAGAUAUUAUCAACCUGUUUGAUGAGGAAUUGUUGAAACGAGCGUUGAAGUUUGAUAAGACUCCGAUAAAUGGAAUCCCUGGAUUCGAUGUUGCUGAUUUGGCUAUUGGUGACCAACAAACUUUGAUGCGGGGUGAUGAUCGAGAUGAUGAUAAGAAUAAGAAGCGUAAGAAGAAGCAUCAAAGUGGAGGUGCUGAAAAGAAGCAGCAUGUUUAA